GUGGACAGAAUGAAUCUGGUCUGGAAUUCGUGUUGUCCUUGUGCUAAAUUUCUCCGCUCUGGCUCGCUGUAUUGGAGCAGCAUUCAUGCUUUAUCGCGGGGAAGCAGUGCAUGGCCAGACGAGCGUGUGCUCUCUGGUCAACGUCGAGGAGUGGUCCAGAAACCGUCCUCGUGGCAAGACACCAGUGUCAACAAAGUCGAAGAAUGGGGCGAUUUGGUUGUUCUGUUCAGUCGCAGCACCAACGUCCAGUGGAACUUGGCACUUGAGGAAUGGAUAUCGUUGAAUGCUCUCAGAGAAGACCGGAUGGUGUUGCUAUUCUAUGUCAACACUCCAUCUGUGGUCAUCGGCCGCAUGCAGAAUCCUUGGCUAGAGGCUGACCUGGACUACCUUCGACGGAAUCAUGUCACGCUGGCUCGUCGCCGCAGUGGCGGCGGUGCUGUCUAUCACGAUCUGGGCAACUUGAACAUCUCAUUCUUGACGCCCAAGGAUCGCUACAAGCGCAGCGCCCAUUUGGAGUGGGUGACCGAGUGUCUACGUUCAGCAUGGCCCGCGAUUGAGCUGAAAGUCAGCGACAAGGGUGAUAUGCGGCUUCCGGACGCUAGCAAGAUAUCUGGAUCUGCUGCCCGCAUCACAACGCCGGGAUCAUAUCAGCACUGCACUCUGCUGGUGCAGGCUGAUAGCCAUGCCUUGUUUUCAUCCCUGGAACCAACCUUACAGGAUGGAUUGAUUCGUACUUCUUCCACUGCCAGUCGCCGGUCGUCAAUCUCCGACUUACAGAGCCUUGCACCUGACUGCACUGUGGACAGGGUCCGUGCCCAGCUCGCCGAUAGGUUUGUCCAGGACUUCAACACAGCCGAUGGCGGCAAGACAUCCUCCGUACUAUCCAUCUCGCCACCCACGUCUUUGUCUGGCUCCUGGCGAGAAGUGGACAAGCUGUACGAUGAGUAUGAGACUUGGGAGUGGACGUUUGGGAAGACACCGCGUUUCCACGUGCAUCACGAGGUGACCAUUGGUGGCGACGCGGCGAUCCUCGACUUGGAAGUGGAGCAUUGCCGCAUCAAGAAGAUCACGUUGACCAGCUCUGGACCCGGCGCUGACACGGAGUUGGAAAGCACGCUCCAAGGCAUGCCGCUUCGCGAUGGCGACUGGCGACAGCUUGCCGACCAGUAUGCGGAGGGUACGUUUGAACGUCAAGCUUGUCACGCCAUCGCAUCCCUGUUCUGGCCAAGCGGUGAACACACAUAGCCUGCACUCAGCAGCAUUGCAGUCAGCGGUCAGCGCCAACGAUGCAGCUGCCAUCACCAUGAUGUCAUAGUGGAUGUAUGCCAAUCCCAAAUGACAUCAUGAUGAGGUCAUGGCAAACAGUCUGAGACUCCAAUAGCAGUACAUGUAGUGGAGUGUUUCAAUGACUUUAGUGCUACUCUGUAGUCAGUGCACCAGGGUGCAUGGGCUGGAGUGAUGCACGGCACUGCAACUUAGUACAUCACCCACCGUGUGUCUGCAAUGGAUACUGGCCAGCUCCAUCAGCCCAAUCAGCAUGUCACAUGUCCUAGCUGCCUGGCUUCUUGAGCGUUGCUAGCAGCAGCUAGUGCUUCAUCAUCGUCACCAACAUGAUGGGAUCAUAACCGAUUCUCUCCACGAUACUACUGGCAUUCCACCUCAAGUGUAUAGCGCUUACAGUGGUCGCCUGGCUGGAUCCAGUCUCUUCCGCUGUCCCACGGAGUACGCAGUCGUGCAACCAGCCAUGGCAUCAUCAUCAGUCUGCAUGCUUGCCAAGCGAAUGUAGCGAACACGCGAAGAAACGUCCGCACAAUGCAGCACAUCUCGAGUCCUAUUCCAGGAGCUUGGAUUUGAUAUAGCCUAAGUAUUGGAGCCGUCCGUGGCUAGGCUCCUCACCUCCCUAUACUUCAGAGCAAAGGAAAUAAAUAGUACUGUAGUACGUGUACAAGUGCAGGAUAUUCUGCUGCAAGAUGCUGCGCAUGUGGAUCAUGCUGCUGGCUGCUUUUUGGCAGAAUAUGUACUUAUGUAGUGGCUACUGGAGGUAUUUUUAUGACCUAGACUGCUAAUAGCCCACAGCAUUGUCGGAUGCUUGACUUCUACGAGCAGUCUUUUUUUUAUUGAUUCUAGCCGAGCAGCAGGGCUGGUCCUGAGCUUGCUUGUUGUGUGAAUUAUAUUGUUUAAUUAUUUUAAUUUCAUCCUCUAUUCAUCAGUUGAGGGCAUUGAGGGUGUUGAAUUAUUCCUCUUCUAGAUUGUUGAUAUCUACUUUGAAGUAUUAAUAAUUAUUGUGCUUCUCUGA